UGACCCGGAAAAUAAACAAACCCAGAAUCCCUUCCGGUGCAGGCUAGAGAAUGGCGGCCUCGGGAGCCGGCUCUCCGGGCCGGCUGGUCCAGUAUGUUGUCGUCAGGUCGGAUCUGGUUCACAAGCUGUCCUGGCCCCUGGGGGCCGUGAUAACGCAGGCUUGUCACGCCGCCACCGCCGCCAUCCACCUGCACUACUCCGACCCGGACACACAGCAGUACCUGGCAGAGCUGGACUCCAUGCAUAAAGUGGUGCUUGGGGCUCCAGACGAGGCCGCCCUCUCAGGUCUGUCGGAGAAGCUGACUCAGGCCGGUGUGUCCCACAAGCUUUGGGUCGAACAGCCGGAGAACAUCCCCACGUGCCUGGCGCUGAAGCCGUGCCCGAAAGAGGCUGUCCAGCCGCUGCUGCGCAAGUUCAAGCUCUUCAAGUGACCUGCCCUGGGAAGAGACCGCGUCCGCUUUAGGGGGGAGGCCUCGGAGUUCCGUCUACGAGAUGGGCCGUGGGCAAUCGCAUCAUCUGUCUGUCCAUGCAUCAAAGCAGCUGUAAUCUACGAGAUUAAAAGCGGGAAAUACG